UUUGUGGGUGUUUGAAGUGAGUUUGGUGGGGUGAGGGUGUAGGCAUAGAUGAAGAGUGCGUUUCCCGGAUGGAGUAGCGACGCCAUCUUUACACCAGUGUUACCGGUGGGUCUUCGGUUCAGCGGAGCGACGGUGCUGUUGCUGAUCCACCACCAGGAAUCGCCGAGUAGCCAAUAAUCCUCCCUUUCCGCCGGGACGCUACGAACAAACGAAUACCCGAGCACCAUGGCAGAUAGAGAUAACUUAGUUUACCAGGCAAAACUCGCCGAACAAGCGGAGAGAUACGACGAAAUGGUGGAGUCGAUGAAGAAAGUGGCCAGUAUGGAUGUGGAGCUGACGGUGGAGGAGAGGAACCUGCUGUCAGUAGCAUAUAAGAACGUGAUCGGUGCCAGAAGAGCCUCCUGGAGGAUAAUCAGCAGCCUCGAACAGAAAGAAGAAAACAAAGGAGGAGAAGACAAACUUAAGAUGAUCCGAGAAUACAGGAAAACGGUUGAGAAAGAGCUGAAAUCGAUCUGCAAUGACAUUCUGGAUGUACUGGACAAGCACCUCAUCUUAGCAGCAACCACAGGAGAGUCCAAGGUUUUCUACUACAAAAUGAAGGGAGAUUACCACCGGUACCUGGCAGAGUUUGCCACAGGCAACGACAGGAAGGAGGCAGCAGAGAACAGUUUGGUUGCAUACAAAGCUGCUAGCGACAUCGCCAUGAUCGAACUCCCUCCAACACAUCCCAUUCGCCUGGGACUGGCCCUUAACUUUUCAGUUUUCUAUUAUGAAAUCCUCAACUCGCCAGACCGUGCUUGCAGGUUGGCGAAGGAAGCGUUUGAUAAUGCCAUUGCAGAACUGGAUACGCUGAGUGAGGAAAGCUAUAAGGACUCAACACUUAUCAUGCAGUUGCUACGGGACAACUUGACACUAUGGACCUCAGACGUGCAGGGAGAUGGUGAAGAACAGAGCAAAGAAGCACUGCAAGACGCAGAGGAAGAGGCCCAAUGAGACUGAACAA